UUCAAAAGGACGUCUCUUUACUUAUUCUAAACCCUUAGUUAUCGCGUUUUUGAAAGGUAUAAGAUUGCUUUAGCCUUCGUCUUCCUCACCCACCCACCGUUUAAUAUAAAUAAGCCACAGCAUUAAUUAAUCCUAUAACCACAUAGAAAGAUCCAGAGAGAGAAGCUGUAUGCAAGAAAAUGGGAAGAAAAGAGAUGGGAUUGAUUUUCAUACUGUUUUGUUCUGCCAUGGCCAUAAUAGCAUCUUCUCUGCAAGAAAUCUUGCCAACAGAGUCCAAUUGCCACCAGAAAACUAACACAGAAAAACAUGGCGAAGAUGGGGCUACUAACCAGAUUGGCAGAAGAAACAGUGCAUGUGCGAUCACCGUUUCUCAGGCGGUUGCUCAUGGAGGUGGUGCCAGCAGAGGUGGUGCCAGGGGAGGUGGUGGUGUUAGUAGUCCUCAUACAGGAGGUAGUGCCGUAAUCCCCAUUUACGUAGCUGGUUCAGCGCAAGCACAACGCCGCCGAGGUCGACCAGUCAAUGCAGGAACUCGCCAUGAGAACAACAUGUGGCUUCUGGUAGCUGCAGCUUUGGCUGCCAUUGCACAUCUGUAAGAGUUUUCUAAUAUCAAGGCUGCCUCCAAAGGGAGCACCCGGAGGAGAAUCUGUAGAAAGCUGGGUUAGUUAUGAAGAGGAAAAUUAACCGAAGGUUCUUGAGUCUGUUGGAAAGCUAUUGAGGCUCAAUCAAAAUAUGGUUUUUGGGUGGAAUUUGUGCCUAGACAUAUAGGAUUUGUUAUUUUUCUAUUUCUUCUUUAGCAUAAUGUAAGAAAUUAUGUUUUGAUUUACCAGAAGAAUUAGUAGCGGGUUAUCAAACUGAAUAUUCGAAUAUCAAAUUUGGUUUAUUU